CUUGCAUUCUAGGAUCGUAUUCUAUAGCAUAGAUACGCGUCUCAUUGAAGAUCGACAAUACUAAUUAGGCGGGAGUACAACACUAUGGUACAAAAGCCUAUUUACUUUGAACAAGUUAAGUCAUGCAUCCUCAGCUUUCAUAAUGCGAAUGAAAAGAGUGUCACAGACGAAACUCAGUUUUUGCAAAGGUUAUGUGAAGCUGUCGAAUCUGUCCUACGCAUGGGGCUGAAGUGUAGUCAUCGCCUAAUAAAGCGGAUGGAUUAUUGGAAUUGGAUGAAAAACAUCCCAAGCAUCUGUAAAAAGUGGGAAAUUUUUGUCCACCCAAGUUAUCUGGAAGCGGUUAACCAUGUCCAAAAGUGCCGAAGUGUCACCACUGCUCAAGGACGCGGGCGUCUUCUUAUUCGUAUGUUAUUGAGUUCUGGAACUUUGGAUUUCCCAUUUAAGUUACUGCUUAGUAACAUGCAUUUAUCAGCUGCGUUCUACGAAGAGUCUGAAUCAGUUAUGGGAAACGAUAUUCUAAUUCAAAUAUUUUCUUCUCUUGUCAGUGAAGUUUGUCGGAUUCCUUUUAAUUUGAAUGUGGAUAAUACCGAAUUCCUUGAUGAAACAUGGUGUCUGCCAAUAUUUAAAACGUUUACAUUCGUUCCAUGCAAAAUGCUUGGUGCUCGUGUAGAAACGGUAGACGGGCACUAUCUAGUGACAGAAGUAGAUCCUAGUGGAGUUGUUGCAGAAGAACAUCAGAUAACUGUUGGUGAUAUUUUAUCUACUAUGCAUGGUUGUAUAUUACACAAUUCUGGAGUCUUUCUGAAUAAUCUUCGGUCUCUUUAUGAUGGUCAACCAAUUCCAGUCGGUGUUACGAAAGCUCUGAUGCCUGAUGGGCGUAUAUAUCCUCGUUUAAGAUCUCUUUUAGAACAACAUGGUUACGUAGACUUAAUUACAGAGCUUGGAAGAUCAGGACAAGUUCAUAUUAUUGACGAUCAUAAGUUUUUCAACCAGAAACCUUGGUGUCAUUUUCGGUAUAUUGGACAAUGUGAAGUGGGUCCAAGUGGUGGAGUUAACAUGAUUAAUCAGUCAAUUGUUUCUGUUUUAAGUGAUUGGAAGAAUUCAGAUGAACAGACUCCGGUGCACAUUGAACUGGGUGAAUUGGGAGUGACUAUAUGGCAGUUACGAUGGAGAGAUAAUAAAGUCGAUCGUAGCGAAGAACCUCUACUACGUCAUUCCUAUCCACAAAUAUCUUCAUGCGGUCGAAGAACCGAUGGAACCAAUUAUUUUGCGUAUAUAGCCGGAGCGGAAUCAUGCACUACAGCUAGUCAUUUUACAUGCUAUGUAUUCGAAUCAAAUAAUAAAGAAGAAGCUAAAAGAAUUAUAUCUGGUUUAUCAUUGGGUUUUGAUAGGACACAUUGGACUUUAUAAUUGUUAAACAUAACUUGAUGUAACAUCAUUUUUAAGAAAGGAUGUAUUUUAUGGCGACAUUUCAUUCCAUAUUUAUGAUCACCUUUCUUGUUCACAUUCCAAAAACAUAUAAUAUACUUUCCUUAUUUUGGUCCAGUUUAUUUUUAAUCCGGGCAAUUUGUUUCAUUCCUGUUAAUUAUGUGACAAAUUUUUAAUGUUUUUUAGCCUAUUUUUUCUUUACGGAAAUUUAUAUUCAAGUAAAUAUUCAUGAUAACAUCCUAAGAUUAGUAACGAAUAUUGCUUUUUUCCAUCUUUCCACUUAUUUUUCAUUUAUUUUCAAAACAAACUCCAAAUACUCAUUUGAUUUAUACUCUUUGUUAAUGGUGAACCGUCUUUUCCUGUUUAUUGCUCUUUUUAUAUGCGGUUUUAUUUCUUAUAUUAUUGACUCUAUUGAUUUUAUGACGAAACAUUUAUCGAUCAUUGCAUUGUAGAGUUGUUUGUGCAUUUUGUGAUAUAUACUUUUUUGAUUUAUAUGUAUUUAUAUGCAUGGUGGUAGUAUUAAGGUGUUUUCUUGUCGUUCUUUUGUCCUCAAAAAAUCACCUUUGACCUGAAUGUUGAACUUAUUUUCUUCAUGGGAAGGUUAAUUAAUACGUAACUUAUUAUCUGGA